GUUGGCAGGUAGGUUAUGAAAAUCUUGAGACAGUGGCAUUAAAAAUCGUCUCGAAGAAGUUAUUGAUUUUCCUUCAUGCUGUUGAAAAACGAAAAGCUUGCGCUCAGAAAACGGCAAGGGGCAAAUGAAAAUACGAUAUUGUUUUACACACGUUCGAACUUUGAGACUUUCGAAAAGGUCGCCGAUCAGCGGUUGCUGUCCACCAAGGUUGUUUUCCAAGAUGGCGGGUACUGGAGAGUUCAAGGACUUUGGGCCUUUAGUUGGAGCGAUCGAUCAAGGAACUUCUAGUAGCAGGUUCUUGCUUUUUGCCAGUAAGACUGCUGAGCUGCUUGCUUUUCACCAAAUUGAGGUGAACAGUGUUUAUCCAAGAGAAGGAUGGGUGGAGCAAGAUCCAAAGGAGAUUCUGUCAUCUGUGUAUCACUGCAUGGAACAGACACUGAACAGCUGUAAAGACUUGAAAAUCAACCCAGCUGAUAUUAAAGCCGUUGGAAUCACAAAUCAGAGGGAAACAACAGUUGUUUGGGACAAGCUUACCGGGGAACCACUGCACAAUGCUAUAAUUUGGCUGGACACUAGGACAAAAUCAACAGUGGAUCAUUUUGAAGCCACAACUACGGAGAAAACAAGAGAGCAUGUCAGAGCAUUAUGUGGUCUCCCCAUCAAUACCUACUUCAGUGCAGUGAAGUUAAGAUGGCUGCUUGACAAUUGCGAGGCUGUGAAAAAGGCAGUAGAAGAAGAUCGGUGUCUAUUUGGAACUGUAGACUCAUGGCUGAUCUGGAACAUGACAGGUGGCUCAAAAGGGGGCUUACAUAUCACAGACAUCACAAAUGCCUCACGAACAAUGUUCCUCAACCUUAAAACACAAGCUUGGGAUCCAUACUUGUGCAAAUUCUUCAAUAUACCUAUGUCAGUUUUACCAACUGUGAGAAGUUCCGCAGAAAUAUACGGGAAACUGGUAGAAGGUCCCCUCCUUGGAGUGCCAAUAUCAGGGUGUCUUGGUGACCAGCAAGCAGCAUUGGUGGGACAGCUGUGCUUCAACCAGGGAGAUGCUAAAAACACAUAUGGCACUGGAUGUUUUCUGUUGUACAAUACAGGGAGUGAGGUUGUCCUCUCACAGAAUGGCCUGCUUACAACAGUAGCUUAUAAGAUGGGACCUGACCAACCUACAGUCUAUGCAUUAGAGGGUUCCGUUGCUAUCACUGGAGCAGCUGUCAAAUGGUUAAGAGAUAACCUUAAUCUUAUCAGCAAGGCAUCAGAGAUUGAAACCUUGGCUGCCAGUGUAGACAGUACAGCUGGUGUGUACUUUGUUCCUGCAUUCUCUGGCCUUUAUGCACCAUACUGGCAAACAGAUGCUAGAGGGGUUAUCAUCGGACUGACUCAGUUUACAAACAAAGCACACAUAGCAAGGGCUACACUUGAAGCAGUUUGUUUUCAGACGAGAGAGCUCUUGGAUGCAAUGAACAUGGAUUGUGGGAUUCCUUUGGCAUCUCUCCAAGUUGAUGGUGGAAUGACAGUGAACAACUUGUUGAUGCAACUUCAAGCUGAUAUCCUGGGAAUUUCUGUAGUCCGCCCGACAAUGCCAGAGACUACAGCCCUGGGGGCGGCAAUGGCUGCAGGCAUGGCCAAAGGAGUGGAUGUGUGGACAAUUAAUCCAGAGGACAAGUCUCAAAUAAACACUGAUGUGUUUGAACCAGCUAUUGAUCCACAUGAUCGUGAUCGUCAUUACGCGAGAUGGAAAAAGGCUGUUCAGAGAACAAUGAAAUGGGAGGUGAAUGAUGACGAAAACCAAGGUUGAACAUGCAAAAGGUGUUCACCCCAGAGAGGUUUCUUUGGAGAUUUACCAAAGUCUUCAUCUGGCAUUCUAGGACCUGCUUUAUUUAUAUUUGGCAGUGUAGCCAUAGGCUUGAUAGCAGCAAAAAUAAGAUAGCAGAGACAAGAGAGAGUAGCAUUGAAUGAUUUAAUGUUAAAUUAUUAUGAAUAUUAUUUCUAUCAAGAAAUGCAUCUAUCAGAGUUUAGCCACAAAAUGAUUUAAUAUGCAUGUGACAUUUUUUUUUUGUUGAUCACAUAUUGCAUGUUCGAGUCUUGUCUCAGAUAAACAAACAAGUAGUAUUCUGAGCAUUGAGAUUUAGAAUUAAUUCCUGUUGGACUAGAACAGACAUCAUGACUGAGGUGGAAAUCAAUUUCUUUUUGCCAAAAUUUAAGCCAGCUGUAUUUGUUGACUUAUUUUUCUACACCUGGAAAUUGAAUUUAACCUGCCCUUCUUCAAAGUCAAACUUAAGGUUGACCAGUAAUAUUAAUGUGUACGUGUCAAACAAUGUAGCAUGUAUCAGGUGGUAUUUUGUAAAACUAUACUCUUUUGUUAUUUUGUGUUUUUAGAUUUGAACUUAACUAAACUAUCUUUUGGGAUUAAAAGGGUUAAAUAGAUUAUGUAA